CUCCUCCGUCAAUCCGGAAAUGCCGUGACGUCAGAAGAAGCCACACCCUCUGGCUUUGAGACCCGACUACGGCUCGCCGGUGACCAACGACGCUACGUUUCCAGCGGCCGCCCGUUGACUAACAUCCCCGCCGGGCCUCCGGUGCGCUGACCGUCCGCCAAUGGAUAAUUCUACCACCGACACGCAGGGCCACGCGACGGUUCCCGGGGCGGCGUCCAACCGCCCGGACUACACCGCUUUCGUCCUGGUGCCCGUUUUCUUCCUCCUGGGCCUGCUGGGGGUGGUGAUCUGCCACGUGCUGAAGAGGAAGGGCUACCGGUGCACCACCAAGGAGGAGGGAGAGGAGGAGGAGGUGGAAGAGGAGUGUGAGGAGGGAGAGAAGGAUCCCGAGCUGGGCGGAGACAUGAACGACACCCUCAGUGAAAACAACGACACCGUCGGGCAGAUCAUCCAUUACAUCAUGAAAAACGAAGCAAACUCGGACGCCCUGAAAGCCAUGGUUCAUGAAAACAGCAUUGACUCUGAUGGCCCUCCGGUCACCCCCACGUCGCCCGGCACCCCGACCCCGCCGACGACUCCCGUAUCUCCGGGCGCACCGCCGGGGGCGGCCAAGCACACCUGCAGCCACCUGCACACCAUCGGCGGCCUCGGCGGCCACAAGAACAUCUGCACCCGCUGCAGCCAGAAGAAGUGGCCGCUGAUGAGGAGGCCGUCUGCCCGCAGGCCGGAGCAGCAGCGCCGCAGCCAGCCCGCAGAGGUCACGGUCCUGGCUGUGGGCAGGUUCCGGGUGACAAAGUGUGAAAAAGCACCCAGGGAGAGGCGGGCGAUGCUGAUCACGGACUCCAACGGCAGCGCGCCGUCUACGCCUCCGACCGCGGCCAAGGCCAAGAGCCGGACGACGUCCGAGUCCCAGCAGGAGCAGGCGGAGAACUUGGCUGAAGAUAAAAGGUAGCGAUCGCGCCGGGUCCAGAGGCGAGAAGACUAACAUCUGGACAAAAACUCAAACAAGGACAUUGAAACAUCAGUCGGUGGAGGAGCAAAGUCCACCGGGGGGAGUCGCCCCCCCCACCCCCCCCCCACGCGGGGCCCGCUGCCGCCGCCGCCGAUGAUGAUGAGGACGAUGGUGGCGAGAGCGACGCGCCAGCCGGUCAUUUCACAGGCGGGCGAAAGGUUCACAACGGGGUCGCUCAGCGCGGGCUUAAUGUCAAGGAAGGGUCUUUUAGGGGUGCUGAGGUCACUCAAUAGGCCGUGUGUGUGUGUGUGUGUGUCAGUCAAGUGGUUGAUUGAACUACACCCUGAAGACACGUAACUAGAUAUCUUAAAACACUUUUUAAACUAAAAGUUCAGCUCAUGAAGUUGUUUUUGAGCUGCACCAGUCACUGUUCUUUCAGCUUUGUUUUGCUCUCCACCAUCACCAAGCAGAGAAUGCCUCACGGAACUAGAAAAGUGAACAUUUAAUUACGUUUCCGCCUCGGAUUUUAAAUCACUCUUCUUUUAAUGGAUUUAAUUAUGGAAGGUUAACACUAACUUGUAUCUGUUUAAACCCCCUCAUGAGCUAAUCAUCAAAAAGUGUCAUUUCCCCUGAUAAUGUUCAAAACACAUCAUUUUAACCACGUUUUUCUUUUUGUCAUUGCAUUGUGCCUAAUUUCUUUU